CCUGUUGAGCAGGUAGAGCAGGUGCAGUAAAUACGGUCUCACUGAGCUGGAGGAGAGACGGGUUGAAAGUUACAGUCAGUCCCUCGUUUCAACCAGGAUGAAGUUCUCGGUUGUUUUGGUCGGCCUCGGUUUGGCUGUGAUGGUCGUGAUGAUUUUCCAGGCCGUGCGCCAGGAGAUCCACCUGCGAAGUCUGAAAACCGGUAUUACGGAGAAAUCGACAGAGGUCAAGAGGAAAGAGCAGUCCAUUAUCGACUUGAGAGUCAAACUCCAGGAAAUGAAGGCAACGAUGGUGUCCGUCAAAUCAAUGACAGAAAAGCUGAAGAUAAGUAAGACAGCGAUUGAUAUAUCAGCACAGGAGCACACUACAACUCUGCAGACCUGUAUCAAGAAGAAGGCAGACGUUCAGAAGAGGAAGGCAAACGAGGGAGAGACCAUCCUUAAACUCACAACGGAACACACAAGUUUUAAAGAGAAUGCUGAAGGAGACAUUCAAAAUUUGAAAAAACAGAUUCUGGAAAGAGACCAAGCUAUUUGUGUCUUUGUGGAUACAACCAAGGAGGAAGCAAGGAAGCUGUGUGGAAUCCAAGAAGCUCCAAAAUAAAGUUAACUCUGUUACACUCAACAUUGACUGUGAACUUUUAAUAAAAGAUUCAUUCAUUCACAGUCAUUUACAAAUAAAUUAACUUUGUCAUGUAGAUGUCAGAUUCCCGUGAUUG